AGCUUAACCAGACUAUCAAAAAUUCAAAACCGAUGAAAAACAAAAGCUAGACGAGGAACGCAAGGAAGAGAGACUGAGCUAUAUAGAGAAGACAAAGGAAAAUGGGAGGAGGAAUGGAGGCAAACAAGAACAGGUUCAUAGAGGACUGGAGUAGUGCUCGAGAGAAUCUCGAGCACAACUUCCGCUGGACUCGACGCAACUUCGCCCUCGUCGGUUUAUUCGGCAUCGCGCUUCCUAUCUUCAUCUACAAAGGCAUCGUCAAGGAAUUCAAUAUGCAAGAUGAAGAUGCAGGCAGGCCAUACAGGAAGUUCCUUUGACUUAUUUUCUCUACAAUUCUGGAGAUUGGGUAAUAAUUGGACCUGAAGUAGAACUUCUGGGAAUUGCUUUUCUUGUAUUUCGAAAUCUGCUAAUUUGCCGGGAAUGCUGUGGUUACAUGUUUGUAUAAUCAUGUUUCAUUCAGUUGCCUGUGAUGGUGCAGAUCUGUUUUGCUAGGGGUUUCUGAACAGUAGGAAAGUUAAUAGUUCUCCCAUUUCAGAAUAACUUUGGCUGAUAUUCAGUUUUGCUUAAAAUUUAAUUUUUGUUGAUUCAGUAUCAAA